AUGUCUAAGACCGACCAAAAAGCCUGCCUCAUCGUCAUUGACGGUUGGGGUAUUCCCUCCGCCGACAGCCCCAAGGAUGGUGAUGCCAUCACCAACGCCAAGACCCCCGUCAUGGACGCUCUCUACAAGGACUCCAAGGGUUACACCGAGCUCGAGGCCUCAUCGCUGGCGGUUGGCCUUCCCGAGGGUCUCAUGGGUAACUCUGAGGUUGGACACUUGAACAUUGGCGCUGGUCGUGUUGUCUGGCAGGAUGUUGUCCGAAUCGACCAGACCAUCAAGAACGGCGAGCUUAGCCAGAACGAUGUCAUCAAGAAGACCUUCCAGAGCGCUGCUGCUGGAAACGGCCGUCUGCACCUCUGCGGUCUCGUCUCUCACGGUGGUGUGCACGCCAAGCAAACCCACCUCUACGCUCUCCUCAAGGCCGCCAAGGAGUACGGUGUGCCCAAGGUCUUCAUCCACUUCUUCGGUGAUGGCCGUGAUACCGACCCCAAGUCCGGUGCUGGUUACAUGCAGGAGCUUGUCGACACUGCCAAGGAGAUCGGCAUUGGCGAGAUUGGUACCGUUGUCGGUCGAUACUUCGCCAUGGACCGCGAUAAGCGUUGGGACCGUCUCGAGAUCGCCCUCAAGGGUCUUGUCCAUGGUGAGGGUGAGGCUUCUGAGGACCCCGUCGCUACCGUCAAGGCUCGAUACGAGCGCGGCGGUGACUUGGACCGAGAUGAGUUCCUUACUCCCAUCAUUGUCGGUGGUGAUGAGCGCCGCAUCAAGGAUGACGACACUGUCUUCUUCUUCAACUACCGAUCCGACCGUGUCCGCCAGAUCACCCAGCUUCUCGGCGACGUUGACCGAUCUCCUCUACCCGACUUCCAGUACCCUAAGAUCAAGCCCCUUGUCACCAUGACCCAGUACAAGGGCGACUAUCCUUUCGAGAUCGCUUUCAAGCCCCAGCACAUGGGUAACGUUCUUGCCGAGUGGCUCGGCAAGCAGAACGUUGAGCAGGUCCACAUUGCUGAGACUGAGAAGUACGCUCACGUCACCUUCUUCUUCAACGGUGGUGUUGAGAAGUCUUUCCCUCUCGAGACCCGCGACCAAUCUCAAGAUCUUGUCCCCUCCAACAAGUCCGUCGCUACCUACGAUCUUGCCCCUGAGAUGUCUGCCGAUGGCGUCGCCGACCAGGUUGUCAAGCGUCUGGGCGAGCAGAAGUUCCCCUUCGUCAUGAACAACUUUGCUCCUCCUGACAUGGUUGGUCACACUGGUGUCUACGAUGCCGCCGUCGUUGGCUGCGAGGCCACUGACAAGGCCAUCGGCAAGAUUCUUGAGGGUUGCAAGAAGGAGGGCUACGUCCUCUUCAUCACUGCUGAUCACGGCAACGCUGAGGAGAUGAAGUUCCCUGACGGCAAGCCCAAGACCAGCCACACCACCAACAAGGUGCCUCUUCUGAUGGCCAACUACCCCGAGGGUUGGAACCUCAAGAAGACCGACAAGGGUGUCCUCGGUGACGUUGCCCCUACUGUCCUCGCUGCCAUGGGUCUGCCCCAGCCCGAGGAGAUGACCGGGAAGUCCCUUCUCGAGAAGGCUUAA